AUGAGGAUUUCUUCACUGAUCUUUCUGGCAUUCCUGUUAUGGAUCUCUGUUGAGGUGAUUUCAUCUUACUCUGUUAGCAACACCAUUUUGGUUCCAGAUGUCUCAAUUUCCCUGUCCUGUGAUCCACAACAAAACAAAACAGACUGUUCCAAAGAAUGCAACAGGAGGUGCUCCAAAGCAGGCAGACCAAAGAGAUGCCUCAAGUGCUGUAACAUCUGCUGUGCAAAGUGCCACUGUGUUCCUCCUGGAACCUAUGGCAACAGAGAGACAUGCCCCUGCUAUGCAACCAUGACCAACCACAGGGGAGGCUUGAAAUGUCCAUAGAGAAUCAAAAAAGAGGUAUAGUGGAGUUCCAGGGCUCAAUCAACCACAAGUUCUAGACAAGCAACAUAGAGAUGGAGUUAGUGCAAGCCAAAUAAUGUAUUCAGGAACCAAAAAAAAUCAACAGUACCAAGGCAGGAAAGAGAGAGGUGUCUAACAGCUAGCUAGCAGCAUAGAAAA